AUGACUUUGAGCCCGCAAUCUUCGCGUCGCUGGGACGAGCUCCCUCACGAGAUCCUCCUCCAAAUCUUGUGCUACCUUGAACCGCAUCAAUUGCCCAGACUGCAACUUGUAUCACGGAAACUCAGAGACGUCUGUCUUGAUGAUGAACUCUGGAAGCGCCACUGUUUUGAGCGCUCACCAUGGUACUCAUUUCUUCAGAAUCGUAGAAAAGUUUUUGCUUCUCUGCCUGACUCAUCAUUGAGCAAGACCAGUCAAGAUGACGAGGAUGCCGGCUCUCUACUGGAAUUUGAUGAAUCGUCUCGGAAAGAUAAAGAUCAUUUUGAGUUCCUUCAAGACAUGGCCAACUGGGAUCCUGCGUUUCCUGACGAGCACGUCUCGUGGUAUGACGAGUAUAUUCAACGUCAGGGACCAACAUCCAUCAAUUGGCUCGAAACGCCUCGUGCAGAACAGAGCGCGAUGGAUCAUUUCAUUGAAGUCAGAGGAAUGGCUCUCUACAGACCCAACAACGGUGACGAUGGCCUCGGUAGUUUGUUAGCCGUUUCACCGCUCGACGACGGAUCUGUAUGUUUAUGGGAUAUCAACGGCGCUAGAAGCAGGAGGGGAGGUAUAAUUGCAACGAGUCAGCCGGAUAUCCUCUUCUUUGACGGCCGCGGAGAUCAAAACACAAGGCGGUCCAAAAAGAUCGACACUGGUGUCACCGAGUGUGUUAGUGUCGACAACACCAACAAUAGGGCUGUCUUUGCCGUACAGAGUCAUCUCAUAGAAGUCGAUCUCAAUCGACUACAGGUCGUCAAUAGACACUCUUUCGAAUGGUCCAUCACAACCUUGUCACAGAUCCAGGAUGGGAUCCCCUUGACAGUCGGCACUUCACUAGGCAUUCAUCUUCAAGACUUUCGCGCGCCUCAAUACCACCACGGCAAUGACGUGGAGAGGCUAGAUAUAGAUAGCCCUAUGACAGAUGGAGAUAACCCCUUCAGGGCCAUCUUUGACCCGAACCCGUUACCGCCGUACGCCUCAUUGUCUCAGCCUACGCCAACCAGUAUUCUUCAUCUGCCCCGUCCAGCUGGCGAUAACACAGUAUCGGACGAUAUCUACGUGGCGGGCAGGUUUUCCAAUAUUCUUCAUUAUGAUAGGAGGCAGUUUCCCAAGAUCUUGGGUUCCAUCUACUCCGGGUCGCGACUUUCCAGUCUGGCAGCGCUGCCCUAUCCGUUUUCCACGCUGGAUCACGAAGUACGGCGUCGCGGAGAGCUUUCAGCUGAGAGAGUUCAUGAGUGUAAGACAUCGGGCAAUGGUCGAACUUUGAUAGCGGGCGGAGAGUACAAGACCAAGGGCUCGCUAGAGUUAUACGGCCUCGAUACAGUGGACCUGUCAAGCGACGGGGCGAUGCAGCAAAACUCAACAAUGAAGAACCGCUACACGGCGGCUUCUUCCAUCAUCUUGUCAGUCAUCGACCACGGCACAAAGGUGGCCUUUUCAGACGGUGCAGGACAGAUCAAGUGGUUUGAAAGAGACGGAUACACAGAAUGUCGUCGAAUUAAGAUCGGCCACAGUGACGUCCCCACCCAAGCAUCACUCUUCGCCUCGAUGCCAGGGUCCGACGAUCUCGCACGCAAGAUCUUAUCCACCAAGACGGCACAGGACCGGCCCAACGAGGACAACGUGCUCUUCUGGACGGGCGACAAGCUCGGCAUGGUCAGUUUCACAGGGGAUACACUAUUUACUCCCGAGCAGCUACAGGGCGACAAGAAUCACGGGACCAAGGAAGCGGCGGCGGAUGAACAGAAGCGACAGGUGUACUCCCAGAGGAUGCGAGAGGCACUCGAGAAGCAGGCUGACGAGGCUCGGUUUGUACAAGGACUUGGAUUGUAG